CAACCGCUAUUCUCAGCCCUCAAAACAGAGCUGGUGCAUAGGCGUAUAAAAGUGCGACAGGAUGACACAGACAUAAGUGUUUUGCUAAAGAAGCUUAAAUAGAACCCGAAACUCUCUCUAGUUUGGGACGUGGUAUGUGAUAACACUACAGCGAUAGAGCGAAAGCAGCAUGAAGGUGACAAUCCUGCUCAUCUGCUCCUGCCUGGUCUGGGGAGGCCUGGGGAAGCCACAGUUUCCUGACCAAGAGAAAGAUCCCCUGUUCUGGAACACAUGGGCCCAGCGUACUUUGAAGAAUGCCCUCACACUUCAGAAGCUCAAUCAAAACACUGCAAAGAACCUCAUCCUCUUCCUUGGUGAUGGAAUGGGCAUUCCCACAGUGACGGCAGCACGAAUACUGAAGGGGCAGCUGAGCAGACAGAGUGGGGAAGAGACCCAGCUGGAGAUGGACAAGUUCCCCUUUGUUGCGCUUUCCAAGACAUAUAACACCAAUGCCCAGGUGGCAGACAGUGCGGGUACGGCCACAGCAUACCUCUGUGGGGUGAAGGCCAACGAGGGCACGGUGGGUGUGAGUGCAGCUGCCGUCCGUUCCCAGUGCAACACCACACAGGGCAACGAGGUCACCUCCAUCCUCAGAUGGGCCAAGGAAGCCGGCAAGUCAGUGGGAAUAGUCACGACAACGCGUGUGAACCAUGCCACCCCCAGUGCGGCUUAUGCCCACUGUGUUGACAGGGACUGGUACUCCGAUGGAGAGAUGCCCGCUGAGGCAGUACAGGCGGGCUGCAAGGACAUCGCCAGGCAGCUCUUUGAGAACAUUCCUAACAUUGAUGUGAUUAUGGGAGGAGGGAGGAAGUACAUGUUCCCCAAAAACCAGUCAGAUGUGGAGUAUCCUGGAGAGAAGAAACACUUCGGUACGCGCAUCGAUAGAAGGAACUUGGUGGAGGAGUGGAAUAACAGAAUGAAAAACAAGAACGCCCACUAUGUAUGGAACAAGAAGGAACUUUUAUCGCUAAAUCCUAAUAGUGUGGAUUACCUUUUGGGUCUGUUUGAGCCUGGAGAUCUUCCCUAUGACCUGGAGAGAAACAAUGAGACAGAUCCUUCACUGACAGAGAUGGUGGAGGUGGCCAUCAAGAUCCUGAAGAAAAACCCCAGCGGAUUCUACCUGCUGGUGGAGGGGGGGCGCAUCGACCACGGACAUCACGAGGGUAAAGCCAAGCAGGCCCUGCAUGAGGCAGUGGAGAUGGACCGGGCCAUUGGCCACGCCGGCCUCAUGACCAGCAUAUAUGACACAAUGACUGUCGUCACUGCUGACCACUCUCACAUGUUCAACUUCGGAGGCUACACUCCAAGGGGGAACACAAUUUUUGGACUGGCUCCCAUGUUGAGUGAUGUGGACCAGAAGCCCUUCACCGCCAUCUUAUAUGGGAACGGACCAGGGUUCAAAGUAGUCAAUGGUCUGAGAGAGAACGUCUCCACCCUUGACUAUGAGGAAAAUAACUACAAGGCCCAGUCUGCAGUGCCGCUGAGUAUGGAGACUCAUGGAGGAGAGGAUGUGGCUGUGUUUGCUAAGGGCCCUAUGGCUCACCUGCUGCACGGUGUACACGAGCAGAACUACAUUCCCCAUGUCAUGGCUUAUGCUGCCUGCAUUGGCCAGAACAGAGACCACUGCAUGUCAUCCAGUAGAGCCUCUAGUCUCAGCGCUGCUCUGCCCAGCCUGACAGCUCUCCUCACACUCAUCUGCCUCUUCUGCUGACCUUUCACCCCAACCCCCCUCCUGCACUACCCCCACCCCUCCUCUCUGUAUAUAUGUAUUACUCCCACACCUUUUUUAUAGUGUGGAUAUAAUGCGGAUUGGAUUCUUCCUCUAUUGUUGAUUUUUUAAAAAUCAUUCUGUACAGUUUAAUGACUUUGGGAACAAUGUAAGGGCAUUUAAAGUGGAACCGACAGCGUUUUAACUACUUUGCAGCUAUGGAAUCGACAGACAAUCAUAAUAUCAGUCAACAAUAUCAAAUUCCCAGUUAAUCCUACAAAAUCAACUUUAUAAGAGAUUUUAAAAAUAGGUUCUAUUUGACUCAACAUUCCAUGACGUACAUUAAGGCAUUGUUGGCAGAAUAGAUGGAUGUAGUUCAAAGCAUGAUUAAUAUAAUUCACCAAUACAUUUGGUGUAAAUACAUUAUGUUGUAAAUCACAACUGGCCUCCAUUCGGGAUGCACUGUUUCAUUUUCAAUGACUCAAUAUUUUGGACAAAAACUGACGAAUGUAACUAAGGCAGGGAAUGUCAAUACAAUCAAACUAGCAAGGGCAAUGAUCACAAGUCAGCCAUAAUGUGGCUAAUAUGCUAGCGUAUCUAUUUAUGUAGCUAGCUAAAAACACAGAGCCUAGCGUUAGCUAGAUAGCUAGCUAGCUGCUAGGAGGACGUCAUGAGUGAGUGAGGACGUUGGUGAGGACAUUCACCGACUUUUCCCCCUCAUAUCAUUUUUUGGUGGCUACACAGCUAGAGAUGCACGUGUCAUUUGGUUAGCUAGAAAUACAUGUGAAUCGCUUUGAUUGGUAGCUAUGCUGAAUGCCUGUUAUCCAGUUAGCAUUUCUCUUGUGUUCGCAAAUUCACUCUGGCUAGCCAUCUACUCCGAUUUCAGAGUGCUCCGAGUGUGCCAGAGCGCUGAAUAACUGAUCAAUUUACGAACACGCAAGACCUGCUGAAUAUGACCGGUGUCAGUAACCAUAGGCAAAAAAAGUUAUAGUUAUUCACGAAUGCUCUAUAUAACAUGUAAACAGCCUAACCAGCUCUGCUCGGCGAGUAAAAUUGUCAGUGAGGUGUUCUCUCAUUUGUGUCUGGUAGUAGCUAGCUAGCAAGCUUAUCAACUUUGGCCAGUUAGCUUGGGUGCUUGGUUGGGACAACGCAUGCAUUGGUAGGCAAGCUGCAGAAGGAUGAGCAGGCUAUUCCCCAUCAUUUAUCAGUGCAAUUUUGAUGGCCAACAAGAUAAAAUAUUUUAGAGGGUUGUUGUUGAUGUGCAUAUAGGGAAAGACACCCUACCUUUUUAUGGUUGUUUGAUCAAUAGGACUGUAAAGUUCCCAAAUGUAAGUGGACUCCUGUGGUAUUUAGCUACAUUUUUGCAGAAAUCCAUUCAAGUGUAUUUUGUGGCUUUUGCAGAAUGCGUUCUAUCUAAAGUUGCGCUGUUGCAACUGCCUGUAAACACACAGUCCAGUUCAAAGUGAAUGAUGGCAGGCCCUUGUGGCAAAUGGCUUGUUUGCAUAUAGGCCUACUGUACCUCUGAUUGGCUAUGGCGCAUCGGUCUGCAUAGACUCCGGUUCUGGAUGAGACAUGUUUUUAUUAGGGUUUUAUUUACUGCAGUGUUUAUUAUUUGUCCAAACGCACGGCUGCUUCCCCACUCUAUAUUGCUACACUAUUUUCACAAAUACCUUAGUAUAUGUAAUUCUCAAACAUUCUAAGAAUUUAUGAAAACAUGAAAAUGACCGUAUCUAAGUCCUCACUUGUCAUAAAUUGUAUAAAAUAAGUUAUUCUUCCUGGGGGUGCAUAUGGACAUAUUUUAAUAAGAUUUCAUGUUGCUAAAAUGCUGUCAGAAUAUUGGUAAUGUUCAAUCAGAUUUAGUGUUAGGGAAAAUAAGAGGAUAUCACUUUAUUUCUAUUGUAACAUAUAGGAUAGGUUGUGUUAUUUUACUUUGGUAUUGAUCACUAUUCAGGUAACACCAAAACUAUGUGAAGAAUUCUGUCAUAUCAGUUGGUUUAAGAGAAGGGUAUAUCUCUGAAUUUAUAUCAAUCAUUGUAUGGGGUAAAUAACCUCCCAGUAUUAAUGACAAAGCAAUGUUGCUGCCCACCUAUAUAUUUGUUGUCUGUCAAUUCCAUGACUGGAUCAGGCAACUUUUCAAAGAAGCCAGUUCUUUUCCUAAAUUAGAAACCUAAUGUAACGUUCCCCUAGUUUUGAAUAGGAAUAUAUUAAAACAGUAUAUACAAACAGUAAACAGAAUUUACUUCAUAAGCUCCCAUCAGAUUCCCUAAACAAUCGAGUAAAUGUUACAAUAAGGAAAGUAGAUGCUAUUUUGUAUGUAUGGUACAAACAAACAAACCAAAACAAUUAAUUCCAUGUCCUUUGUACAUACUUCCCGAAAGCACUGAAUGAAAAGUCAACCCCUGUCAGAAUUUCAUAGAAAUAAGUUAGCCAAUAAAGGAAGUCCUGUUGGUUUCUGGAAAUGUUGUGUUUACAUUAUUGGUGUGUUGACUGUAAAUGGUAGAUAAUGUGUCAGUUUGCCAGGAACUGAUUUUGGUUGCACUUUCAAUAAGCAUUAUGGGUAUGUUGUGUCUUUGGCAUCAUUAAACUGAAGACUUAUUUAUC